AUGCACCGAAGAAGAAGAUGGCUUCCACUCGCAAGUUGUCCUUUACCUGUGUCAAAACUCGAAACUCUUACAACCAACUCAAUCAUCACGGGGUGCAAAUCGAGAAAAUCGAGAAAGAGGCCUGUGGUUUAGGUUUGAGUGCGACCACGUCAGUAUCAUGGGCAUAUAAAUACAUGGUGUCCCUGCCUGGUCAUAGUGUCCGUGAUAAAAUACGCUCCAAUCGAACCGUUGUCCAUGGGGAAGUGUCUGAUCCCCCACUUUGAUCUAACGUUUGUGGCAUCUGUGGAUUUCGUAAAUCAUCAUUUCGACAUUUCGACAGACGAGGAGAACUCCAACAACUCUGAGCAAUGCUGAGGUGCUCUCCAAGCGAGUCCAUGAGGGGUGACCUCCAUCGGUCCAGCUCGCCUCUUCGUUAGUAGUAAGUUAGUUAGUAAGUUAGUUAGUCAAUAGUGAGCCAGGCAGGCAGGCAGCCAGCCAUCAUCCAACACCCAACACCCAACACCCAACACCCAACACCCAACACCCAACACCCGGUUUUCUUUCGAGGAUUUCAGAUUCAGAUUGGACGAGAUGUUUUCUCCGAUUCAGUCACGAAGAUCGUUGCAAUUGACAAGACAGACGUUAGCGUGAUUGGGAGUUGAGCUAGCAGAACGGGUAUGACGGAGGGGUUGUUGCAUCUGAAUUGAACGCUAACCAGGAUUCUCCGUCGCUCCCUUGUCGCCUUUUGCACCCCCGUCAUCCACCAUCAUCCACCCCCAUCUGGCUCUCUUGGCCUCGCCACUGGAUGCUUGAGACUCACUCGCCUUUCUCCUUGACUCAGUCCUCACAAACAACCAUCCUGAUCUUCUCGCUUCAAUCCUCUUCGGCCGAAGCUCUGGAGUAGUUGUUCGUUCUUUGGUUUAGGAACACCACCAUUGACCAGAAACUGAAGAGUGGGUUGACACUUCUUGCCCAAUAGAUUGGAAUUGGAGGGAGCAGAGAGACUACCUUUGAACACUGACUUAUCAUCCCUGGGCUUGGUUGGGUGCAUUCAAAUAUCCACAUCCACCAGGUGGCCCUCGCCAUUGUCCACAUUGUCCAACAGUCUGAUCCUUUCCCCCGUCAACAUGGUGUGUUCCAUGUUGCGCAACUUUAGCCGGAGACAAUGGCUCACCGUCAUCGUGUUCAGCAUCGUCCAGUUCUGUCAAGCCAUUUGUGUGUCGCUCCAAGCACCGUUCUACCCUCAAGAGGCGGAGAAGAAAGGCGCCACACCCACCCAGUAUGGUUUGGUCUUUGGCGUCUUCGAGCUCACCGUCUUCAUUGUGAGCCCCUACAUCGGACAGAACAUCAACCGCAUGGGCGGCAAGCGCGUGUUUAACACGGGUAUCUUCACCACGGGAUUCUGUUCCAUCUUGUUCGGACUCCUGGACAAGAUUCAAGAUGGCACUUGGUUCAUCGCGCUCAGUUUUGUGAUUCGCAUCAUCGAAGCAGUCGGGAACUCCAUGUUCCUGUGUGCCGCCUUCACCAUCACUGCCAAGGAGUUCCCCGAGAAUGUGGCCACCAUGUUCGCCUGCAUGGAGACCUUCUUUGGCGUGGGCCUAAUUGUGGGUCCAAGUGUAGGGGGUGCCUUGUACGAAUUGGGCGGAUAUUACUUGCCUUUCGUCUCGUUGGGCUCUUGCCUCGUUCUAGCAGCCUGUCUGACACUUUUCCUGCUCCCUUCAAACUACGAUGAAGACGAUAAGAAUGAAGAGGGCCCCAGGAAAGGCAUGAUCGCGGCCUUACAGGUCCCCUCCAUCAGCAUCGCCGUCCUGAGUGUGUUGUGCGCCUCCUCUUCAGUGGGAUUUCUCCUCACCACCCUGGAGCCUCAUAUGCGACAAUUCCAGCUCACCCCUGUUUCAAUGGGACUGAUGUUCGUCGUCAACGGCGGAUGUUAUGCCAUGACCGCACCUUGUUUCGGAGUGAUCUGCGACAAAUGGGCCCACCCGACCAUUGUCAACUACUUUGGCUUGACUUCCGUGAUUGCCUCGUUCACCUUGUUGGGCCCGGCCCCUUUCUUUCCGAUCCCUACAUACAUAUCGGUAUGUAUCGUGGCCCUCAUCCUCCAUGGGUGUGCUUUGGGCGCCACUUUGGUGUCCGGCUUUUCCAUUGCUCACAAGGAAGCCGUGCGGCACGGAUUCCCGACAACUUUGACACUCACGGAGUCAUCUCCGGGUUGUGGACGUCGGUGUUCGCUUUGGGCGCCUUCAUCGGCCGUCGGUGGCGGGCGUCAUGUACCAGCAUUUGGGCAUGCGUUGGGCGUCCCAAUUCAUCGUGGCAUUCGGGAUCUUGGUGCUCCUCAUUACCAUCGUUUCCAGUUGGCUGAAGGCACGUUGGAAAAGAGUCGACGAAGCGAGUACGAGCCUAUCGUCACCGACGACCAAUUGGGUCCGGAUUAUGGCUCCCGACGAAUGGGUCGAUCGCCCAGUAUCGGCUACAGUAGCGGCUCGGGUCAAAGCUCGAGCAACCCCUCGCCGCCCUUGGUGGGUGUGGAUCCCGAGCAGGCCGCCCGCUCCUUGCCUCACACGGAAAGCUCCAGCUCGUUAGCCAUGCGAGGGACCAGCCAGCGCCGACGCAGCCGAUCCGCCUCCGAUGUCACCCAAGAGCCCAUUCCAAAGUGGGUCCAUGGGCCUCCUCGGUGGGUACUGGGUUAUGCCGUUUCCGAUUCAUCACGGAUCGGCCGCCGCUGGAGUGCCCCAUGACAUGCCCCAUGAGAUGCCCAUGACAUGCCCCACGAAGUCAUUCUGGAGCACGAACCGAGCGUGGCUCCUCCUCGGCGAAACGCGCGCUCGAGUCGCGCCAAAGAAUCGUCCAGUCCGUCAACAACGGGACGCCAAUCCAGCCAUAAUCCAGAUUCGAAUCCGGGUAAAAGGGAGACUGAAAAAUAAGAGUAACAACGUUCAUAAUAUUAACAAUAAUAGUAAUAAGAAAAAAGAAGAUAUAACGAUGAGAAUGAGCGAGCGGGUCUGCCGAUUCGUCGUCAGAAACUCUUGAACAAGUCCAGACCUUAGGAAAACUUCACUGCCGACCUUUUUUUUUAUCAAUAUCACGCCAUAUUUAAAGACUUAUUUGCAAUCCAUAUUUAUACGUCGCCACUCGAAUGCUCCGUCACUGCCAUGUGCAAUAACAAUGUUUAUUUAUAACAUUAUCAUGAUUAUCAUUGUUGAUGCCUGAUCAUCUGUCGCCCUCUCAUCGCCACAACCUCGUCAAUGUACUUCCUUUCUAGUAAUAAAAUAGUAAGACACACAA